UGGCAAUGUCAGGCUUCGAUAAUAUCAACACGGAUUUCUACCAGACGAGUUACAGCAUCGAUGACCAAUCACAGCAGUCCUAUGACUAUGGUGGAAGUGGAGGACCCUAUAGCAAACAGUAUGGUGGCUAUGACUACUCUCAGCACGGCCAAUUUGUCCCUCCAGAGAUGAUACAGCCACAGCAGCCAUAUACUGGGCAGAUUUUCCAGCCAGCUCAGACAUAUACCCCAACCACACCUCAGUCAUUCUAUGGAAACAACUUUGAAGAUGAGCCACCUUUAUUAGAAGAGUUAGGUAUCAAUUUUGACCACAUCUGGCAAAAGACGCUCACAGUGUUGCAUCCAUUAAAAGUAGCUGACGGCAGCAUCAUGAAUGAGACCGAUUUGGCAGGACCAAUGGUUUUUUGCCUUGCCUUUGGAGCUACUUUGUUACUGGCUGGCAAGAUCCAGUUUGGCUAUGUGUAUGGGAUCAGUGCAAUUGGAUGUUUAGGAAUGUUUUGUUUAUUAAAUCUAAUGAGUAUGACCGGUGUUUCAUUUGGUUGCGUGGCAAGUGUCCUUGGAUAUUGCCUUCUUCCCAUGAUCCUACUUUCCAGCUUUGCAGUAAUAUUUUCUCUGCAAGGGAUGGUCGGAGUCAUUCUCACUGCUGGAAUUAUUGGUUGGUGUAGCUUUUCUGCUUCCAAAAUCUUCAUUUCUGCACUAGCCAUGGAAGGA